UCUCUUGAUGAAAUCAUUGAAAUAAAAAAUCAUCGAAACUGUUUUAAUUCGUUCCAAGUUCUUCCUUCAAAAUCUAAUCAUUUUUUUGUUGAACGCACUGAAUUACGAAAUAAAAUUAUAAAAGAUCUUGAAAAAUUAAGAAAUGAUAACAAUGAUCAACUGACAUACUUCUACAUCACUGGUAAUCCUGGCAGUGGUAAAUCACAACUUGCAAGACAGGUUUGUGAAAAAAUAUCGUGUGAUUGGAAAAAUAGAACUUCAUUUGUAAUGACCCUCGAUGGAAAAAAUGAGGAAUCUCUAUUAAAAACUUACUGUGAACUUGGAUACCGUUUAAACUGUGACAAGGAUAUGAUUAAAAAAUUUGAAGAUGAAAAUUGUUCCAUCGCAGACAAAGUGAAGAAUUUGCGAUCGUUAGUAUCCACACGAUUAAAAUUCUGGCAAAAUUGGUUGAUCAUUGUAGACAACGUGGCACAGCUUAGCAAAAUUUUUUCAUUACUCCCCCAAGUUGGUGAUCCCAUGUGGAUAAAUGGACAAAUCAUAGUAACUAUCCAGAACACAGAUGCCGUACCUCAAGACGAUGAGUUUAACAAACAUAUUUCUAUCAGAAGUGGAAUGAAUGAUAAAGAAUGUUGUCAACUGUUGGAAUAUUACACUAAAGAUGAUAAUACUGAUGAUCAAUUGUUGAAUGAAGUAUCGCACGUAUUAGGUCGUCAACCUCUGGCUUUGGCUGCCGCUGGUUGCUAUGUCAGUCGUGUAAACAAAGCAAACUGCUCAUUUGAUACUGGAAACUACGACAAGGCUAUAGAGUUUCAUGAAAAAGUUCUGGAGAUUCAAAAACAAUCGUUAGGAACUAGUCAGGUUGAUGUUGUUAAGUCUUUUAAAAAAUCUAGGUGUGUUGUAUCAUGA